GACCUUUAUACCUAGCCAUGUGGAAGAGGUGUUAAUGAUGAUUCUAUGUGGUACACAUCUUUUGGAGUUUCAUAUUCCUGCGAAGUUUGUAAAGUUUCAGUUGCAUUUGGGAGAAGAGACUGUGGUUACUGUAGGACUUUUUGGAAUCAACAAAAUAUCAGCAGAAAAGUUUACCGUUUUGUAGGUGACAAUAUACAUUACGGAUGUUUUGCCUUCGCUUGUUCACAUGUCAUUGGGGGCGGUUCCACUUGUUAACUUCUCUAGAUUAUUGCCUAUGAUUGGCUCAAUGUCCUUAAUUUAACUUUUUAUGUCCCCAUCACAUUGACAAAUUAAUUUUCUUGUUUGAUAUUUCUCAGAAUAGAUUAAUGGAAGCUUG